AUGGCGCUGUUUGCUGGCGACAGCAGCCGCAGGGAGAUGGUUCUGACGGGCAAGGAGAGCCGGCGCUACGAGCAGGACAUUAAGCGGAUCGCUGCUCAAUUCCGAUUGCACAGUCGCCUGUACAACAAGUCCCUCGUACUCAGCAAGGACCCUCUGCCACACUACCGCCCAGAGCUUGAUUCCCGCCGGCCGCAGCGACAGAGUGGAGGCGGAUGCAAGGGCAGGCGGGUGAAGUGCUCUAUUGGUCUCCCUCCUUCUCAUCUCACGUGUGGGGCUGAUUAUUUCCGUGUUGCUUCUCCUCCUUCUCUCCACUCGUCGCUGCAGCUGAUCUUGAUUGUUCGCCUCUUCUCCUCCUCUUCUCCUCCCCACUCUCCCGUGCAGCUUAGUUUCCCCCCGGAGGUUCUUGAGGCGAUUGACAAAGUGGUGGCAGAUGUAAGGGCCAAGCGGGAGAGAGAGGAGAGGUUGAGGGAAGAGAGGGAAAGUGAAGAGAGGGAGAGGGAAGCGAAGGAGAGGGAGGAGAGUAAAGCUGCUUUUGCUGCUGGUAGUGUUGGUGGAGAGAAGCGGGGCUUGUCAGGGCGAGGGCUGACGGGGUUGCAAGGGGAGAAGGGGGAGGAGGAGGGGGGGGGGAGGAGGAGGAGGAUGGGGGGGGAGGAAGAAGAGGGGCAGGAAGAAGAGGCGGGGGCGGUUCGUGGUGGAGCGAGGGAGGAAGUGGAGGAGGUGGAGGAGAGGAAGAGAUGGCAGUUGUGGAGGAUCAGUGAGAGUUUGAAGCGAAGACAGCAACAAUGGCAGGCAUCACCGGAAGGGGCAUCCAUGCUGACGUUGAGGCAGAGCCUGCCCGCAUGGAAGGAGCGAGAGCGGCUGCUGCAGGCCGUGCGAAAUAAUCAGGUGGUGGUGGUGUCGGGUGAAACGGGGUGUGGCAAGACCACUCAGCUGCCGCAGUAUCUGCUGGAAGAUGCAGUGGAGUCGGGGGAGGGAGCACAGAGCUCCAUCAUUUGCACUCAGCCCCGGCGAAUAUCGGCAGUGGCGGUGGCAGAGAGGGUGGCUGCUGAACGAGGGGAGAGCAUUGGGCAGUCGGUGGGGUACCAGGUGCGCUUGGAAGCACGCAGAAGCCGGGCCACGCACCUGCUGUUCUGCACCACGGGCGUGCUGCUGAGACGCCUGGCGUCCGACCCUCUGCUGACGGGCGUGACACAUAUUGUGGUGGACGAGAUCCACGAGCGAGGAAUGAACGAAGAUUUCCUCCUCAUUGUCUUGAGAGACCUACUCCCGCGCCGUCCCGAUCUGAAGCUGGUGCUCAUGAGCGCCACGCUCAAUGCGGACCUCUUCUCGCAGUACUUCAGUGGCGCGCCCACCCUGCACAUCCCGGGAUUCACCUACCCUGUGCGCUCCUACUUCCUGGAAGACGUAUUGGAGCUUACAGGUCAUGAAGUUACUCUCUAUAACCAGGUGACAUUGUCAAGUAUACCUCUUCCUUCUCCGAAUAAACCCUAA